ACAGCUCAGAAGUUCUUCUUCUCCAGCUCCUACCAAUCUAACAAAAAUGAUUGCAAUCAUUUCAAUUCUCUUCGCUUCAUUCUUGGCUCCAGAAGUCUCCGCUGCCAUCGGAGGUGACCUGAACUGCACUGUAUACAAUGGAACCAUGUUCGUGUGGACCCCAGCAGCCGUUGCGUGCCAGAAUACCAUCUCCGACGCAUCAUGUGCUAUCCUCUACCCAACCACCGAUACAUUGGGACUUCCAGCUGCUGGAAAUGCCGCUGGAAGACCAUUGGCUUGCUAUACCACUGCUACAGUCACCCCAGCAGCUGUCGUACUUGACAUGAAGACUGCUGCCCUUGCAAGUUGCCCAAAGACUUGUGGAUUCUGCUGCAACACAGAUGCCUUCAACUGCAAGAACGCUGAUUACCCACGUCUCAACUGUGCCACAAUCACCAACAGCCAAUGCAACUCUCCAGCCUGGAGAAACAUCAUCGCCGCUGAUUGCCCAUCUGCCUGCGGAUUCUGCGGACAAGGAGGAUGUGUCGAUGCCGUCACCAACUGCGGAAACGACUUGAGCAUCUGCCAAAACAUUGGAAUGCAAAGCUUCGUCAAUACUUACUGCCAAAAGAGUUGCGGACGUUGCCCAUCUACAACCACUUCCGGUUACAACAACGGAGGAGGUUCAUGCACAUCAUACGUCGCCGACAGCUCUUCCAACUGUGCCUCGUGGGCUAAGAACGGAUUCUGCACGAACAACUUCUACACAGUAGAUCAACGCAGAGCUAGAUGUGGAUCCACAUGCAGAAUUUGCUAAAUGAUGUAAUCAUCCCAACUUUGACCUCGACUCUUUCAAGACAUUCAUGUACUUAUAUCUAUUGUUAGUUGGAACUGACCAUUCCAAAUACGUGACUAGUGAAUAAAUAUUUUAUGCAC